UUACCAAAGUGGCACCAUGAGGCUCUCGUAGGUAUCGGCUUGGUGUAUGCAUUUGAUGAAUUGUUUCCCAAAGGCGAACUUCCUCGACUCUUACACCGAUCGCUACACCUACAUGCGACAUCAUUCACGGUGGCUCGUGGCGGGAUCACGUGACACAAAAGACCGUUUACCUGAUUUCGGCGAGGGACUUGACAACAUCGCAAUAUUGUCGGACCCCGAAUGUAGCGAGGACCCAGACGUCGGUGUUAAAGCUAACAGCACCUCGGAGACCACUGAAGGAAGCGUUUGCCUGGAGUUAUCGACCCUGCUGAGGAGCCCCGAGGGCCGUGUGUGGAGCACAGUGUGUUACCUUGACUCCGGCGCCAGCCGGGCUGUUCAGGGGACGGUCUUCCCAAACAUCAUGUUUGGCUACAACCAGCGCCAGUUUCUUGUCACCACCAAAACCGUAAGAAUGACAUAUUGA